GUGGCCGCUUCCCCCUCAGCGCUGCUGCUGCUUUCUGCCGUCCGGGCAGAGAAGGGGGGAGUGCGAGGCUUUGGGGCUCCCUCCCCCCCUUCCCUCCCCCUCCCCACUUUAGCUCAGGCUUCGGCUGGGCUGCUAGGCCGCGUCCCUACUUCGGGUGGGGAGGGGGGCCCUGGGUUGCAAUGGAGGCCGGGGCUGGGGACCCCCCGACGCCGCCUCCCAGGAACAACGCCCCCCGCUCCGUCCUCCAUGCCUUCAAGGGAGCAGCCCCUGUGGCACCAGCAGGGCCUGGAGGAGCCAACAUGUCAGCCUUGACCCUGGCAACAGACAACGCAGCAACAAUGGAGACGGUCGUGUGGACCAAGGCCUCGACAGCAGCAGCAGCAGCAGCAGAGGUGUCACUGGCCACAAUGACUGCAGAGAUGUCCCUUGGAAAGGUGGCCUCUCCAGCCCAAGUGGGCUCUGAGGAUGGCACUUUGGUGCCCAAUUCGGUGGACGCUUCCACAGUGACGGUAAACGGGACAUUGGCGACACCGUCCCACCAGGAAGGGACAUCAGCGGUGUUGCCCCAUGAGGACGAGACGGCGGCAUCUCCUGUGGCCGCGCCAAAGGAGACGCCGGUGAAAUCCCUCCCGCUUCCGCCAGCAUCGCCGACUGUGGUGGUGGUGGCGCCCAGCCCUUUGACGCCGCCAGAAAAGACCUCACCCAUGUCGCCCAAAGGUUUGGCGCCACACGACGUCUCUGCACCGCCACCCCAGGACAUGGGUUCCCAGUCCAGUCUGGGCACCGUGGCCUCCAAGCCCCCUCCGGCAUCCGACACCUUGAGCUACUUGGAUUCUGUCAGCCUCAUGUCGGGCACUUUGGAGUCUCUGACCGGACCCGGGUUCCUUGAUGAUGCAAGCUCCUUGGGUUCGGAUUCUGAGAUCAAUGGGCUGGCGUACCGUAAGACCGACAAAUACGGCUUCUUAGGGGGCAGCCAGUAUGCUGUUGCUCUGGAAAGCGCUAUCCCUGUGGAUGUGGCCAGACAGAGAGAACUCAAGUGGCUGGACAUGUUUUCCCAUUGGGAUAAAUGGCUUUCACGCAGAUUCCAGAAGGUGAAACUGCGCUGCCGGAAGGGAAUUCCUUCAUCCCUUCGGGCCAAAGCAUGGCAACUUCUGUCCAACAGCAAGGAUCUUCUGGAUCAAAAUCCAGGGAAAUUUGAGGAACUGGAGCGACAGCCUGGAGAUCCCAAAUGGCUUGAUGUGAUUGAGAAGGACCUACAUAGGCAGUUUCCAUUCCAUGAGAUGUUUGCAGCUCGGGGCGGACAUGGGCAGCAGGACCUUUACCGUAUCUUGAAAGCCUACACCAUCUUUCGGCCAGAAGAAGGCUACUGCCAAGCCCAGGCUCCUGUGGCUGCAGUUUUGCUGAUGCAUAUGCCUGCAGAGCAAGCUUUCUGGUGCCUGGUACAAAUCUGUGAGAAAUACCUCCCUGGCUAUUAUAGUGCUGGACUGGAAGCAAUCCAGCUGGACGGGGAGAUCUUCUUUGCCCUGCUCCGACGAGCAUCCCCCAUUGCCUACCGGCACUUGAAGAGAUACAAAAUCGAUCCCAUUUUGUAUAUGACAGAAUGGUUCAUGUGCAUCUUCUCCCGAACCUUGCCCUGGUGCUCAGUGUUACGUGUGUGGGAUAUGUUCUUCUGUGAAGGGGUGAAAAUAAUCUUCCGGGUGGGCCUGGUGCUGCUCCGGAGCACACUGGGCUCAGUGGACAAGCUACGUUCAUGCCAGGGCAUGUAUGAGACGAUGGAGAAGCUCCGGAAUCUUCCUGUUCAGACCAUGCAGGAGGACUUCCUAGUCCAUGAGGUGAUUAAUCUCCCAGUUACUGAAGCCCUGAUAGAACGGGAGAAUGCCACCCAGUUGAAGAAAUGGCGGGAGACACGGGGUGAGCUCCAGUACAAGCCUUCCCGCCGACUCCACGGCUCCCGAGCAAUCCAUGAGGAGAGGUACCGCAUGAACCCGCCCCUGUCUGCCAGUGCCAGCCUCUUAAGCCUCACCGGCCUCAAGCAAAGGGUUUCUCUCAGCAGCACAAGUGGGCCUUCCUUCUCUCCAGCACACUCUGUUGGCACCUUGGCAGUGUCCGCUGUCCCAUCCCCAGCGCCUCCUGUUGCCCAGAGCCAGGUGGUGGUAUCGGAAGGCCUCCAUCCUGCCUUGCCUUCUCCAACGGGGAACAAUAUGCCCUUAGGAGGCCCCAAGAAAACAGGGAGUGGCAGUAGUAAAGAGGAGAAGCGGAAAGAGAAGGAACGUGAGAAGCAAGAGAAGAUAGAAAAGGAGAGGCAAAAGCAGGAGAGGGAGCGUGAGCGGAAACUGCAGAAGGAGAGGGAGAAGCAGGAAAAGGAAAGAGAGAAGAAGCAGCAGAAGGAACGAGCCAAAGAGGAAGCCAAGCUGAAGAAAGAGAGAAAGUUGUCACUGAGGAAAAAGGAACCCAAAUCGGCCUCUCUGCCACCCGCUGAAGAAGGGAAAGAUGGGGAGAGCCAAGGGGCAUCAGUGCUGCAAGACACAUACUUUUGAUUAGGGCUGGGGAAGGGGGCAUAAGCCCCAACAACUGCUUCCUGUCAACCAAGGACCAAGAUGGCAGCUGCUCCCAGAGACGUACUGUGGUAGGGGGACCCAAAGGACAAGCAGUGGCGUGCCAAUAGCUGCUAUGCACUGAAGCACUCAAUUUAGGGCCCCAAUAGAUAGGAAGAUAUUUACCUAGCGCCCAUAUUUUCACAUCCCUUUGUGUGCCUGAGGUGAAUUUGAACCUCUGUUUCCUCGCUUCCCUUUAAUGACCAGGGCCAAAAUAAAAUGGCCACUGUGCUCUGGCUGCCCCAGUGCAAAUUUUGCCAAACCCGACAGGUGCAGCUGCACAGCCCUUCCACUUUCCCAAAGCUUGGAGUCUUAACCAAGGAGCUAAUUACAUUAAUAAUAAUAACUCCAACAUGGGCCUCUCAAGCACUGUAUAUAGAAUAAUCUCUCCUGACAAAUAUUUAACAACUUCAGGCUAGAUACACCAGCUCUUUCCAGAGAGAUUAGUUUUCAGAGCAAAGUAUGGUCUUUUCACCCCUCUGCUCCAACAAGUUAACAAAUUCUUCCAUUGUGACCUUCAUAAUGUUUUCAGUGUUUUAUUUCCCAGCUCCAUCCCAAAUUUGAUGGCCUCUCAAAAGACUUACAAAAGAAAUCUCUCUAGGCCUCUUUUUGUACCUGGACACAGGAAGUUUCUCCCAGCAUGGAUGUGCCACACAGAGUGAAAGGUGUACCUGUUGGCUUUUUUCCUGUUGUGCAGCUGUCAGAGGCAGGAAAUAUGUCCAUACUGGGGUUAGGAGAGAGCGGCUGACCCUAAUGUCCGCAAACUCAGCCAUUCAGUUGUUCCUAUGCAAAUGUUUCUUAGAACUGGUCAAGGGGAAUACCCCACACUACUGGUGCCUAGAAAUGUCUGUCAAGAUUCAUGAGCAAAAGAGGAGAGCAGUUAGUUUGGGAACCUCCCUCCCUUUGCUGGCAAACCACUGAGAGAGGCUUUGUUUUUUUUAGUUAAGAAAUAGAUUUCUUCCCCUGUCCUACUGGCACAAACAUUCCUGAGACACAAGGCAGGAGGUAAUCUUUGUUCACUGUCUGCUGUUUGCCGACAAGAGAGGCAGCCAUGUUUCUUGGGAGCAUCUGUCGCCAAGGCGAAGAAACCCCCUGUACUUUGAAAACCAAUCUAGAAAUCUUUGCCCUUUGUUAGAAUGCAUCUAGUUCCCCCUCUGUCCCCCACCAUCCCUUAUUAGAUAUUAAGGGUACAUCUCCAUUACAAAUUCAAACCAAUUGAUGAAUAUUUGUUUUUUAAAAAAUCUGCAUGUGUUCCCCCAGAGGAUUCCUGGGAAUUGUAGUUUUGGGAAGAUGCUGAGAAUGGCUUCUAAAUUUUAGAGCCCCACGGUCUCUUCACAGAAUUUACAGAGCUGAACCAUGACUGUUGAAACUGCUUGAGCAAAUGGUUUUAGUUUGUUAAUGUAGAAAUACAUUCCUAAAUGGUGCAUGCUUGAUCCCCUCGCCCCUCAGUGAAAAGCAAACUAGUCCUUUUAAAAUAACUGGAAUGUAUUUGAACUUUUUUCCCUCUGUGGUACGCUGUGCGACCACGAAAGGAGUCCCGUUUACCUUUUUAUAUUAUCACACUUCAGUAUCAGCUUAUUGGGCCUUUGUGGGAGAGUGGAAUGGCUUCUUUUCCACAUGGUCCAGGGAGGCCAAUGGUACCAGCAAAAGAGCAAGGACUGUGGAUCAAAACUAGGAAUUCUGUGGGAAAUAAAGGUCUUGGAAAGCUGACAAAUGGAAGACUGAACUCUUGGAGAUGAAGUUGGGCUAGGGCUACAGAUCUGGACUAGCCUAUAUUCAUAACUUUUCCUCUUUGCUCUUCAGCUUUCACCUUUUGCAGGCUCAGUUUCUCCUUCUUAGGCCACAUUUUCUGCUGUUGUGAAUGGUUUGAAAAUCAUGAAGUUGUUUUCAGAAUCUGACUUCCCACAAUGCACCUGCCCCAAACGGCAGCUUUUUCUCAAGUCCACAGUCCCGUCCACAGUCCAGCCAAAAAAGAUCAAUUAGCCCAUCUUCAUCUCUGUACAUAACUUUCCUCUAUAACACAUAUAUUAUAUAUAUGUUUCAGUAUUGUAAUUAUGUAUACAGAUACUUGGGAUUUUUUGUGCUUUUAUUUAAUGGGACAGACACUGGAAAUUAGGAAUUCAUUUUUCCCCUUGCCUUUUUUAAAGUUUUUUUUUAUAACCACUCCUAAUCAGGAAGAGCAGAAAAAUUAGAAGUUUACAGCUGAUAUAUUCUUGCUGUCCUACUUGUUAAUAAUUUCUUUCUUUCUUUUUUGUCGUUUGUGCCUCAUUCUCAUUGGAUUCCCUUUCCCCGUUGCUUUGUUUAAAAAUGUUAACAAAACAAAAUGAAGUUUGUCAACUGUC